GCGGUCAACACCGGCACCUCUUUAGUGCUGUCCAGUCUGCUGUCAGUGCUGGUGUUUGCCGGGAUGCAGAUGUUCAGUAAGCAGCUGGGAUCCACUGAGUGGCUCACCAUCCUGGGAGGUUUCCUGGGCUCAAUCCUCUUCCUCUGCUCCCUCACUGCAUUUAAUAAUCUGGAAAACCUGAUUUUUGGGAAGGGAUUCCAAGCCAAGAUAUUCCCAGAGAUUCUGCUGUGCCUGUGCCUGUCGCUGUUUGCCUCAGGUUUGGUGCACCGCGUCUGCGUCACUACAUGCCUGAUAUUCUCCCUCUUCGCCCUGUACUACAUCAACAAAGUAUCCGCGGCGCUCUACCAAGCAGCUGUUCCCGCAGUAACACCAGCCAAAGCUGCCAGCAAGGGCAAAAGGAAGAAUUGAUGAAUCUGUUGGAUCCCAUUUGCAUCCAGUGAAUCAGUCAAUAUAACCAGUGUGCUGAUGGUCAGUGUAACACAGCAGUUGCAUUUGUCUUAAAUCCAUAAUCUCUGGUGUAUUAAUGUGGGCUUUUUUAAAGAUACUUGGAAAGUCGGUAAUCAGUUCAGCUACUACAAGUUUGUUAUAACCACAAUUUUUUUAAAUAUUUUUUUUUUACAAUGAUCUAAAAUUGAAUCAAGGCCAAAAAAAACCCUGCAAAACCGCUAUCUACAUUCCACUGGUAACGUUUUUCUCAGCACUUUUUUCCACUGAUUGCAAAGAGAUUCGAACAUCCCAAAAUACCAUCUGUGUAUUCAUCAGCACAUGAAGUUGCUUUUUUUGUUGAAUUCUUUUUGUAAUUAAAUUCUGUAAAAGAC